AUGAAGUUUGGUCGGGAAUACCAUCGCCACCUUGUCCCCCAAUGGGCGUCAAGCUCUGUCAAUUAUGCUCAGCUCAAGCAAGAUUACAAACUCGCAGUCAUGCAUUCACUGAGACUGAGUUCCGGCCUGGGCGCGGAUUUCACGAGGCUCUCCUCCACCCUCGGUGACUCCAUCGAGGCGCUCAACACAUUUUACUAUCAACAGCACGAAUUUGUGAUCCGCGAGUAUGGGUUCUUAUGCGAGUAUUUCGGCAUCGAUACCUCGUCAAGCAGUCGUAUACCUGUACUACACUCCGCCCCCUUGGCUGAACUCUUGGUGUUAUCCCAGGCCUUGUCCCAACUUGAAAAGCACAUUGCGAGAUUACAGUUGUAUUUAAGAGUCAACGAGCAUGCAAUCUCCAAGAUCUACGCCAAGGUCCGUGCCAUGGAAGUGGGAGAUGAAGCAAGUGGUAAUGCAUUCCAGUCUCGAUGGCUGCGGUCUUCUGAGUCGCGGGUGCGUGAGGCACAGUGUUUGAGGCUCUCACAAAUCUUGACUUCUUUGGGUGCAAAGGUGACAAGCGCAUGCCGUGCUGCAUCCGCAAAGAUACCAUCAGAGUCACUACAUCUCAGAACCGUUUUUCUCCGGCUGAAGCUUGACAUUAAACUCUACAGCGAAGUACUGUUAUUAAUCGGAAAUGAUCAACAUGAGAGACUGAUCGACUUCUGUCGGCAGUACCUCGCCAACGGUACACUGCCUCCUUUUCAAGCCCAGGAGCUUUUCAGUGGUCUAUUUCAUACUGCCUUCGUUCACCAUUCAGGGCAUUGUUUGCGCUCUCUCAUUUUCCUUGCAAAUAAAGCGGAAAAUGUAUUCAUGGAGUCCGCCUGCAUCAUCGACCUUGUCAAACUUCAUUGUCGACCUUGUCGACCGUCCUUCGGUCCAAGGUCUACUACCUCCAACCAAAUCGCUGAUAUUAAGUCAUUACACACUAGAGAACACAUUCUACUCGAGCUGUUUCAGCAGCUUGAUCUAGGACAUGAAGGUGGAUUGCACUAUCACGACAAAUCGGGACGACUCUUGCUUCACUAUGUUGCCGAAUAUGGAUUAACAUCAAUCUGUGUGCUAGUCUUGAACAGUUCUAAAGAUGAUUCAGGAGACGUGGACUCAGCAGCAAAAUGGAUAUUGUCGCCGGACUUUCAAAAUGAGACUCCCCUACACUGUGCGGUCAUCAGUAACCAUCUUGAUAUUACCAGGCUUUUCUUGAGGUAUCUGAAGCCGAAUGGCUCAGCCGGCUUCAAAGAGCGAGCCGGGGGCAUUUUCGUCGAGGUCAUGAUCAUUGCGAUUAUGCUUGGGUUUGAUGAAAUAGUGGAACUUUUCAUAUCAGCUCAAGUCGGCAUCAGCGAACAGAACAGCCGUGGAGAAACGGCACUCUACAUGGCGGCUAAAAUCGGAAGAGACGAUUAUGUUGGACUGCUCCUGCAAGAUCCCUCGACUCGAAGUGCCAUUGACAGGGCCCAGUAUGCCUACGGAUGGUCACCACUCUUCAUUGCCUGCGUUGAGGGUCAUUCAGUCAUCGCCGAGCUCCUCCUUCAUGCCGGAGCGGACUGCACGUUACUAGACAUCCGAGGAUGGUCGGUCAAAGACCAUGCCGCCUUCAGAGGAUACGUCGAGCUAGCCACACUGCUUCACCCAUGGACCAGGACGACUUCGACCUGCAAUCUUCCCGGCACCUAUCGCAGACCUGGUGCAGUAGGUAACAAUACCAUUGCCAAAGACUACAGCUACGUGGUCGUGAACCUCGGUUCCCUACAGAAGAACCGACUUCUCGACCCGGUGAAGUUGAUUCCUCCUGUCGAAGGCCCUGACUCACCUCCAGUUCCGGAGAUUGGACUUUGGCUGGAAUUGUCCAUUCGCGGUGAAGACACUAGACGCCGAGUGCAAUUGCCCCUGAUUGAUGAAUUGGCGAACGAGCCCUUUGUAUUGCCGUGCCAUCUCUCCGAGAGAUCUCAGCUGGUAUUCAAUCUAUAUCGCGAGACUGCCACGUUGCAUUCCUUGGAGGAGGAAUUGAUCGGAAGCGGCACUGUCUUGAUAGAAAACGGCCAUCAGCUUGAUCAUAAACGUGAAAGCUUGGUAAGAGAGUUCGUGGCUUCCAUCAUGGCGAGAGACACGUUGGAGUGUAUCGGCCUCGUCGCCUUCACAAUGGUGAUAUCCAAGCCAUACACCAAACUAGACAAUCCUCUAGAAGGAGGCUAUUGGUUUCGAGAAGACAACAUCCAGAUCACCGGACACAGAGGACUUGGUCAGAACUUGCAGGGAAACUAUCUUCAGCUUGGAGAAAACACGGUCCAGUCUUUUCUAUCAGCCAUGAAGCAAGGGGCAUCAUGGGUCGAGGUACGAUCCAAUACGUCGAAUGAUUUGCAGGUGACGAGAGAUCUCGUGCCGGUGGCAUACCAUGACUUAUCACUGAGUGAAUCUGGAACCGAUGUGCCCAUCCACGACCUGAGUUUGGAACAAUUUCUCUAUGCAGGUAGAAGCCAGAGACCGCAGAUCCAACUACCAGCCUUGCCUUCACACGCGACAUCACCCACGAACGAGAACGAGAACAGCACGAAUAAGACUACCGUCAAACGACGACGUGUGCUGUCUCUGGUACAGAAACAACAGGAAGGGCCGGAAGCCCAGGCGCUUCAAGAUCGAAUGAAACAUACCUUUGACUUCACCGACAAGGGGUUCAAGCCCAACACGCGGGGGGAUUUCAUUCAAGAGGAGUUUCCAACUUUGGAAGGCUUGUUGAGAGAGUUGCCAGAGCAUGUCAAGUUGGACAUUGAAGUCAAAUACCCGCGUGUGCAUGAGACCUCUGACGCCGACAUAGCCCCAGUGGCCAUCGAGAUCAACAUCUUUGUCGACAAGGUGCUGGAUGUGCUCCAGGAAUUUGCCGGCCGGAGAGUCAUGAUCCUUUCGUCAUUCAGUCCCGAGGUUUGUAUUCUGCUGAAACUCAAACAACACAAAUAUCCCGUCAUGUUCAUCACGAAUGCCGGAAAGCCACCGGACAAAGACAAGGAGGUCCGAACGGCCAGUGUCCAGGCGGCGGUCCAUUUCGCCAAUCUCUGGAGCUUGGCCGGUGUCUGUUUCGCCUCGGAACCCCUGAUCCUGUGUCCACGGCUGAUUGCCUACACUAAAAGCCGGGGCCUAGGCUGUGCCUCGUAUGGACCGCUCAACAAUGUCCCGGAAAAUGCAAAGACGCAGGGCUCGAUUUGA